GGACCAGUAACAAGAUGUUGUUUGUGAUUGUGAGUUUAUUAAUAGCGGCUACAGCGCGAGCCGAGUUCGUGACACCUUUAUCUUUAAACUUGAAUAAGGACCAAUUGUAUACCGGGAGAGUUGUCGUCAACAACAGUAUGAAUAAAGCCACUUUGAUCAACGAGAAUGUGGACCCAUUUAUUAUUAAAUUCAAAAAAGAUAUGGAUGAUUUCCACCACAGCAUGGACGAACUGCGACAAACCAUGGACAAGAACCGAGAACAAUUAAUUAAUGAUUUUAAUAACGACAUGGAUGAGUUUCGCCGCAGUAUUGAUAAUCUGCAAGAAACCUCGAACAAGAACAAAGAACAAUUAAAUAAUAAUUUCAAUAAUUAUAUGGAUAUGUUCUACCAGAGUAUUGAUGAUCUGCGAAAAACUACGAGCGAGAAUAAGGACCAAACGAUUAAUAAAUUUUACAAUGAUAUAGAUAAGUUCUACGAAAGUAUUGAUGAUCUGAAGCAGACUAUGAACAACAAAGAACAAUUUAAUAGUACAAUAAAUAAAGAUUUGGAUGAAUUCUACAACAGUUUCAAUGAUUUCCAACAGACCAUGAACAAGAACGAGGAACAAUUUCAUGAGACAUUCAGUAGAGAUAUGAAUGAAUUUUACCACAGUAUUAAUGACCUGCAACAAAUCAUGAACAAGACGAAGGAACAAUUUAAUAAUACAUUCGAUAACGAUAUGGAUGUAUUUUACCACAGUGUAACUGAUCUGCAACCAAUCAUGAACAAGAAAAUGGACCAAUUUCUUAUUAAUUCGAAUAAAGAUAUAAAUAAUUUUCAUCACGGUAUUAAUAGUCUACGACAAACCAUGAACACGAGCAAGGAUCAAUUUCGUGAUAAAUUCAACAAUGAUAUUGAUGAGUUCUACCACAGUAUUAAUGAUCUGCAACAGACUAUGAGCAGAACCAACAAUCAAUUUCGUAUUAAUUUGUAUAAUAAUAUGGACAACUUCAACCAAAGUGUGGACGGUAUGCGACAAAUCAUAAAGAAGAUCAUUGACCAAUUUCGUAUUGAUUUCAAUGAAGAUACAGAUAAGUUUCGCCACAGUGCAGACGACCUGGAGCAAGUCGUGAAAAAGUACAACGAACAAUUUCGUAAUAAACUAAUUAAUGAUAUGGAUAAAUUCCGUCAAAGUAUCGAUGAUCUGAAGCAAACCAUGAACCAGAACAAAAUGCAAUUGCCCAUUGUUGUCCAUAACGAUAGAAACAAGUUUCGUCAAAGUAUUAAUGAUCUACGGCAAACCAUAAACCAAAACAAAAUCCAAUAUCGUAAUAAUAUAAAUAAUGAUAUGAAUAAGUUCCGUCAAAGUAUUAAUGAUCUGCGGCAAGCCAUGAACCAGAACAAAAUCCAAUUUCGUAAUAAUAUCAAUAGUGAUAUGAAUAACUUCCGUCAAAGUAUUCAUGAUCUGCGGCAAACCAUGAACCAGAACAAAAUCCAAUUUCGUACUGAUCUCAGUAACUAUAUGAAUAAUAUCCGCCACAGUAUGGACAAGCUACGACGAAACAUGUACAAUUUGACCCGAAGCAUGGUGCCCUAUGCUGAUACUACGAUAAUAAACGAUCGUUACAUAGUGACGAUACCACUUAGCGGCUACGAUGGGAAGGAUAUUGAAGUGAUGGCGAAUUCAGAUUGGUUGAUGGUAAAGGCCGUCCACACAGACGAAGUUGGAGGCAACAAAUCUUUUAUGAUAAUAGUAGAUUUGUAUAGUAACGUCGAUCCGGAUGGCGUGUGGAUGUAUUCAGGAAGUGUUUUGGAGAUAGACUUUACGCGGAAAUUAAAUUUAAAAAAUAAUGGUAUAUUUUGGUAUUCACACAAUGGCGAGCUUGUAGUGGCGCAAACGGGGGAACAAGACAGUGGCGGACUUGUAAUCAAUGGAGUGCCAUAUAGAGGUGAAACAAAAGAUAAAAUAAGGUCGUUAUAUAUGACCAUCGAGGAUGAUGGGGAUUCCAUUGUGGACAGUGAGGCGACAUCUAAAGGUGAAAUAUUAAAUAAAUCAAGGUAUUUUUGGUUUAUGUUGUUAAGUUUUAAAAUAAAAUAUGUAAAUUAUAACUGAGUA